AUGUGGCCGGUGCUAGACCAGGUGUGGAGUCAGAUGUUUGGCCAGGUGUGGAGUCAGAUGCUUGGCCAGGUGUGGAGUCAGGUGCUAGACCAGGUGUGGAGUCAGGAGCGAGGCCAGGUGUGGAGUCAGGUGCCAGACCAGCUAUUCUACGGGUCGUGUUUUCAUGAUGAUUUAUGUCCUCACAGUGGUGCAGUGACCAGUGGUACGGUGACCAGUGGUAUGGUGACCAGUGGUAUGGUGACCAGUGGUACGGUGACCAGUGGUACGGUGACCAGUGGUACGGUGACCAGUGGUACGGUGACCAGUGCUGCAGUGACCAGUGGUACGGUGACCAGUGGUGCAGUGACCAGUGGUACGGUGACCAGUGGUAUGGUGACCAGUGGUAUGGUGACCAGUGGUACGGUGACCAGUGGUACGGUGACCAGUGGUACGGUGACCAGUGGUACGGUGACCAGUGCUGCAGUGACCAGUGGUACGGUGACCAGUGGUACGGUGACCAGUGGUAUGGUGACCAGUGGUACGGUGACCAGUGGUACGGUGACCAGUGGUACGGUGACCAGUGGUACGGUGACCAGUGGUACGGUGACCAGUGGUAUGGUGACCAGUGGUGCAGUGACCAGUGGUACGGUGACCAGUGGUACGGUGACCAGUGGUACGGUGACCAGUGGUAUGGUGACCAGUGGUACGGUGACCAGUGGUACGGUGACCAGUGGUACGGUGACCAGUGGUACGGUGACCAGUGGUGCAGUGACCAGUGGUACGGUGACCAGUGGUACGGUGACCAGUGGUAUGGUGACCAGUGGUACGGUGACCAGUGGUAUGGUGACCAGUGGUAUGGUGACCAGUGGUGCAGUGACCAGUGGUACGGUGACCAGUGGUAUGGUGACCAGUGGUAUGGUGACCAGUGGUACGGUGACCAGUGGUACGGUGACCAGUGGUGCAGUGACCAGUGGUACGGUGACCAGUGGUGCAGUGACCAGUGGUACGGUGACCAGUGGUACGGUGACCAGUGGUAUGGUGACCAGUGGUACGGUGACCAGUGGUACGGUGACCAGUGGUAUGGUGACCAGUGGUACGGUGACCAGUGGUACGGUGACCAGUGGUACGGUGACCAGUGGUACGGUGACCAGUGGUAUGGUGACCAGUGGUAUGGUGACCAGUGGUAUGGUGACCAGUGGUACGGUGACCAGUGGUACGGUGACCAGUGGUACGGUGACCAGUGGUAUGGUGACCAGUGGUACGGUGACCAGUGGUAAGGUGACCAGUGGUAUGGUGACCAGUGGUACGGUGACCAGUGGUACGGUGACCAGUGGUACGGUGACCAGUGGUAUGGUGACCAGUGGUACGGUGACCAGUGGUAAGGUGACCAGUGGUAUGGUGACCAGUGGUACGGUGACCAGUGGUACGGUGACCAGUGGUACGGUGACCAGUGGUGCAGUGACCAGUGGUACGGUGACCAGUGGUAUGGUGACCAGUGGUAUGGUGACCAGUGGUACGGUGACCAGUGGUACGGUGACCAGUGGUACGGUGACCAGUGGUACGGUGACCAGUGGUACGGUGACCAGUGGUAUGGUGACCAGUGGUACGGUGACCAGUGGUAAGGUGACCAGUGGUAUGGUGACCAGUGGUACGGUGACCAGUGGUACGGUGACCAGUGGUACGGUGACCAGUGGUACGGUGACCAGUGGUGCAGUGACCAGUGGUACGGUGACCAGUGGUACGGUGACCAGUGGUAUGGUGACCAGUGGUAUGGUGACCAGUGGUACGGUGACCAGUGGUACGGUGACCAGUGGUACGGUGACCAGUGGUACGGUGACCAGUGGUGCAGUGACCAGUGGUACGGUGACCAGUGGUAUGGUGACCAGUGGUACGGUGACCAGUGGUACGGUGACCAGUGGUACGGUGACCAGUGGUACGGUGACCAGUGGUACGGUGACCAGUGGUACGGUGAUCAAGAAGUACGGUGCUUCCUCACAAGUUACAUCACAAAGAUCAAAGCCAGGGACUGCAGAACGAAGAGAUGUAGAUGGAAACCAGAGAGAUAUACGAGACACAAAGAUGUCAGUAAAAGAGAUCUCAGUACGUGAAAUAGUAUUGAGAUCUCCUUCGAGGUUGAAAUCGUCGAAGUUAAUAGAUGCAGAGAUUUAA